AUGCAAGACAUUGAAGAUCUUCACCAACACGCGUUACUCCAGGGCUCCAAAUCCUAUGUGGAUCCCGCCACUGGGUUUACAUGCUUUACCGAACUGGUCCAUUUGCAACGGGGGAAAUGCUGUGGCAAUCAAUGUCGCCAUUGCCCCUAUGGAUGGUCCAACGUGCCCAAUCCGUCCAUUCGACGGACUCCCAAGGUCCAGUCAGGAGAUCCAGGAUCUAUUCAACUACGACUCGAUGAACUGGAACGCAAUCGACAACUGCAACAACAACAACCACAAGUGAAUGGUAAAAGCAACGGCAAGAAAAAGAAAAAGGGUGGAACCCAUGGAGGUAGACUCACGGACAAAAAUGUUCCAUACACUGGAACUGGCGAUAAGGGAACUUCCCAAUUGCUCACGGGAGAACGACGAUCCAAAAAUGAUGCCGCUUUUGAAGCCAUGGGGACCGUCGAUGAACUCUGUUCUGUCGUGGGAGUGGCACAUGCGUUUUUGGUGGAACGACAAUCAACAUCGGUAGACUACGGAGACUUGCCAGAAUGGUUGCUACAGGUCAUGAGUCGACUCUUUGAUGCGGGGUCGCAUAUUGCCAAACCAGUGUCAAACCAUCAUGAUGAUGAUGACGAGGACGACGACGAUGAUGCUGAUACAAAAUUCAAGGCAGAUGGAGUGGGAGGAGGAAUGCAUAUGGAUCACAUAGAAGCAUUGGAAGAUUGGAUUGAUAUCAUGACAGAGUCUCUACCGGAACUCCGGAAUUUCAUCUUGCCGACAGGAUCUGUCACGGCGGCACAAUUUCAUGUGUGCAGAACGGUCUGUCGAAGGGCCGAACGGAGUGUCGUGCCACUGGUCAACGACGGGGUUUGUGACCCCAAUGUCAUGAAGUACAUCAAUCGGCUAUCCGACUUUCUCUUUACGGCGGCGCGAUGGUGCAACUAUUGUCAAAACAAUCCAGAAAUUGAAUACCGUCGGCCAGAACGUCGAGAUAAACAACGUGUCGCCACUGCACGGGACUUGAACAAGAACGGCAACAACAACAACAGCAACAGUCCAUCAUCUUGA